AACUCCCAUAAUUCCACGCAUGAAUUUGAAAACCCCAAAUUUAUGUGAUAUAGAAUACCGAGCGACGACAAGCACUAUGUUAUAGGAUGCGGGUUUCUCUUCUCGACUGUUAAACUGAAGCGGCAAAACGUGUCGCGCGAAACACCCAACCAAAACCGCAGUUCCCUUCCUUUCUCCUCUUACGAUUUUUUUUUUGUAUCGGCCUUAUUGAUCCAUUAGAAGGAGCAUUAUGUACAGUGCGGGAAGAACCUUAUUCGGGUGGCGCGCGCAACAACGAUGUGGCGUGGCGCUCCUGAAGCGCUGGAGAAGAGGUAUGCAUUGUGCUCAGACGGUCUUUGAUGCAGGGCAGCCAACACAUUCAUCACACCCUGAGUUGCUGGAGAAAGGACAAAUAACACCUGGCAUUACAGAACUUGAGUACAUAUCAAGGAGAAAGAAGUUACUGGAGAUGCUACCAGAAGGAAGUCUGGCUAUCCUUGCAUCUGCUCCUGUAAAACUGAUGACUGAUGUGGUACCUUAUCCAUUUAGACAGGAAUCUGAUUACCUUUACAUCACUGGUUGCCAGCAACCUGGUGGUGUAGCUGUUCUAAGUAAGGACUUUGGAUUAUGGAUGUUUAUGCCUGAACAAAGUCCCCAAGAAGUAAGUUGGCAGGGACAAGUUGCAGGUGUUGAUGCAGCUUUGGACACAUUUAAGGCAGAGAAAGCAUUUCCAAUUGGUAAAAUGCGUGAAAUUCUUCCAGAUAUGGUAGAUAAGGCAUCAAUGUUAUUCCUUAAUGUUGGUACAUCGUUGCCAAAUUGCUUGAAUUUUGAUGCUCUUGGUAAGGCGAGUCGUGAUCGGAGAAUCAAAGAUCUUGGGAAAUAUACCCAUGAGAUGCGAUGGAUAAAAUCACCAUCAGAACUUAAGCUAAUGAAGGAAUCAGCAUCAAUUGCAUGCCAGGCCAUUCUGCAGACAAUGCUAUUCUCUACGUCAUCUCCUCAUGAGGGUAUUUUGGCAGCUAAAGUUGAGUAUGAAUGCAAAUUGAGAGGUGCCCAAAGAAUGGCUUUCAAUCCUGUUGUUGGAGGUGGAGAAAAUGGUAGCGUAAUUCAUUAUUCUCGGAAUGAUAAAAGAAUCAGGGAUGAUGAUCUUGUAUUAAUGGAUGUUGGAUGUGAAUUGCAUGGUUAUCUUAGUGAUAUAACACGUACAUGGCCACCUUGUGGCGGCUUCUCUCCAAGUCAGGAAAUUCUUUAUGAACUCAUAUUGGAGACCAAUAAAGAGUGUAUCAAGCUUUGCAAGCCUGGCAUAAGCAUUCAAGAAAUUCAUAACUAUUCGGUUCAAAUGCUUCAGAAAGGUCUUAAAGAGCUUGGAAUUUUGAAAGGCCAUCCAAGAUCCUCAAAUUCUUACAACCAGCUGAAUCCAACGUCAAUAGGUCAUUAUCUUGGGAUGGAUAUUCAUGAUUGUUCGGUUAUUAGCAACAGCCGACCACUGCAGCCAGGAGUUGUCAUCACGAUUGAACCAGGAGUUUAUAUCCCAUCCACACUGGAUGUUCCAGACAGGUUUCAAGGAAUUGGGAUCCGCAUCGAAGAUGAAGUACUCAUUACGGAGACUGGCCAUGAGGUCCUAACUGGUUCCCUGCCAAAAGAAAUACAGCAAAUAAGAUCUCUCUUGAACUACGGCCAGCAGCUUAGAUAUGGAAGCCCGUGAGCUGAAGUCUAUUCUCCGUGGAGGAAGCACCACCACAAUUUUGGAUAUUUAUUUCAAAGUAAAUCAAUGUUCUGUAUUAUCGUUCAGACUGGGCGAUUGAUAUGUACUGUUGUCCUUAGUUUUGGAUUGUUGACAGCUUCUUCACCAACAGAAGUUUUAAGUCUAUGCCUAGUUCAUCCA